UGUCAUUAAUCUUGAUACACUGGGCUGUCCGCGUUUUGCCGAUCUAAGCAAGGACAAGUGUUACAGUCCUAAUAAAGCUCAAGCUUACUCUAACUGGAUGCUGGACCACCAUUUAAAAAGUCGUACGAAAUGCCUGCUUUGCCGUAUGCCGAUUCCAGAAGUAAAAGUUCACGUUCGACGGCAACGACGCUGCCGCAACUCAAGAUCAGAUCAGAAUGCUUACUGGGAUGACCGAGGUAACAGACGUUGCAUCCGCUGUGGUGCUGUAUUUCCCACCGAUACCGAUUGCAGUGAAGAAAGUACUCACGCGGAUAUUAGCAUGCCAAGAAUUUCUAGUGCAUGAGUCAGUGUAACCUGCCUAACUAACCGUACCCGUUACAAAAUGCUGUACUGGAAUUUUGUUCUCGUCCAAAUCAGUUAUAUAAAGUGGCAUCUUUGUCGCUAGCAACUUUCUUUGGCCAUAUUUUGCUUUCAUCAUGGCGCAAACCCCUGACUUAUCCGCAGAAUUGUUUGACCCCGGCACCAGUGCUGAAACUAACUUUGCUGAUAGUGCUCUUUUCAAUCAUAAUUAUGCGCUUCUCGAUCACAAUUAUUUUAUACCUCCGGCUCCGAUCGAUGUGCCAGUACAGAACCUAGAAGAACUUGAUCCGGAUUUGUAUGAUAUUAAAGAUUAUUAUGAGUUGGAAAAAACGGGGGCUAAAUAUUCACAAAAAUUUUCAGUGUCGUUUGAAACCUAUAAAUGUGUGAUACACGGUCUGGAUAAUUUGUCAUUUAAAUACGCGAUUAAAACCAUAACUCUUUUAUUGAAAGACAUUCUGGACACCGUGCUUUCGGCAAUUCCAGCCCACAAUUUGGUUAGAAUUCGCUUGUAUCAAAACGCACUGCAAUACCCAAUUUGGAUGCCACCUAUCCAACGUGAUCAGCUGAGUGUUGAAAGAUGGAUGACAACGAUCCGGAGAAUCUUGAAUUCAAAUCAGGCGUUUUUAUUGGAUGAAUCUUUUGAAUUGUCUGUGCAGCAUACGGAUAUUCCAACUGGGUCGUGCAGAAAAAACGUUUCAAAGCUGUUACGGCAAAUACUGGACAAGAAACGAUGCAUUACACAAAUCCGCAACACGGACUGCUUGUGUAUGGCGCGAGCUAUUGUGGUCGCUAAGGCGCAUGCAGAUGGCGAUAAAACAAUGUAUACAAAGCUUUACCGAACGAAGAAGUUGCAGACCGAAAAGACCAAGGAGUUGCUGCAGGCUGCGGAAUUGCCAGAUAGAGAAUUCAGUGUGGAGGAUAUUCCUCGAUUUGAAAUCGUUUUACCAAAUUAUCAAUUUAUUGUAGUCUCGGUGGACCAUGGAAACUCAAUUGUGUACUGCGGCGCGUACUGUGAAAAACGGAUCAUGCUGCUGCAUCAUGAUCAUCAUUUUGACGUGCUAACAUCCCUGCCCGCGUAUUUUGAACAACAGUAUUAUUGCUACCGCUGUAUGAAGGGCUACAACAAAAGGCAGAACCACAGAUGUGAGUUCAAGUGUCAUCAGUGUUUAUCUGUAACCUGCCCUAUGGACAAGCUUCAGAACAUCCACUGUCCUGACUGUAAUCGCGAUUUCCAUGGGCAAGAGUGCUUUACACGCAUAAGUCCGGAAGCAUCGUUUGUUUCCAUGGUGAAUCGUCGAAUGAAGACCAAUUACGACUUGCCACAAAAUUAUCCGCUUUACGAUGACGGCGACAAGGAUAGCGACAAUGAAAACGAUGAUAUUGAACUGGAUAUAGAUGACCAACAACAUCGGUGUGGUGAAGUCUUUUGCCCAACGUGCUCAUUGUUCUUCAUGCCCGAAGAUAAUCAUGUCUGCUACAUGCAACCCAUUGAGCUCACAGACAAAGAAAAGGCUAAACACCUAAACGAUAAGCUAGCGUACUUUGAUCUUGAAACGUUUCAAGAUGAGGCAGGUGAUUUCAAAGUGAAUUUAGCGGUCAUAGCAACAAAAGACGAGAAAUUUGUCCUUCCGGAAGAUGGAAAUAUUAGCGGUGAUAUUUCAAGUGCUUUGGGGGAAUUCAUCUUUAGCGAACGCUUUCGUGGGUACACCUUUAUUGCACACAACUUGAAGGUAAACAAUGUCAAAACUUCAUAA